AAACCGGAAGCUACAAACGCACUUCCUGUUUGGUUGCGCGUUUAAUGAAAAUGUAAAGAUAUAGCGCUGUUUUGUUGUCAUCUGGUUGCUAUAGAAACCGAUACAGCGUUUGUGUUUAUGGCAGAGGCGCCUCGGCUCGCGGUGGGGUGGUCGGACAGGUAAAUGAUGAAACACGUGUUUCCUGCAGCAGGUCGUGUCCUCUUCUCUCCCGCCCUGCGCCGCUUCUGUAGCGGAGAGGUUACUGAAGAUGUGUCCGAGUUUUCUGCCUCUCCGGAGCUCACAAAACAGGCGUCUCUUUAUGUGCACUGGCCUUACUGUCUCAAAAGGUGCACCUACUGCAAUUUUAACAAGUACAUCCCCAAAGAGAACAACGACCACAUCAUGACCAAGUGUCUCCAGAAGGAAACUGAGACUCUGCUGCAGCUCAGUCAGGUUUCCUGCAUCACGUCAGUGUUUUUUGGUGGAGGGACGCCAAGCUUGGCUCAGCCCUCGACUAUCAGCGCAGUCCUUGAGGCCGUUUCCAAGCAGGUGAGGCUCACAGGUGGGGCAGAGGUCACGCUGGAGGUCAACCCCACCCCUGAGGGAAUGAGGAAGUUAGAGGACUUCCAUCAUGCUGGGGUGAACCGUUUCUCCAUCGGGGUCCAGUCUUUGCAGGACGAGGACUUGAAAAGUCUGGGGAGGGACCACAGCUCUCAGGAGGCUUUACAAACUAUCGAGGAGGCCAGGAGGUUGUGCCCUGGCCGGGUGUCGGUGGACGUUAUGUUCGGACGACCCCAACAGACAGCUGAAUCCUGGGAAGAUGAGUUGUCCGAGCUGCUGAAGGUGUGCGACGAUCACGUGUCUCUGUAUCAGCUGACCCUUGAGCGAGGCACUCGGCUCUUCAAGCAGGUUCAGGUCGGACACGUAAGCACACCUGCUGAGGAGGCGAUGGCAGAGAUGUAUCAACAUGCCAGGAGGACUCUCCAUCAGCACGGCUUCCUGCAGUAUGAAGUGUCCAACUUUGCCAAACAUAAUUCAGAGAGUCGCCACAACUUGAGCUACUGGAAGGGAAGACAGUACAUCGGUGUCGGUCCAGGAGCGCAUGGGCGGUUUGCUCCGCUGGGGGAGGGAGGCGUUGCUCGCGAGGCCCGGACGCAGACUCUGGAGCCCGACGUGUGGAUCCGUGAAGUCCUGCAGAGAGGACAUGGGACCCGGAGGAGGAUACGACUGAGCCACCUCCAGCUGCUGGAGGAGGUGUUGGUGAUGGGAAUGAGAAUGACUGAGGGCAUUAAUCACAAGCACUGGACGUUGUUUAGCCCUGAAUCGGGACUUCAUAAAACUUUUGGCGCAUCCGUCGGCUUCAAAGAGCUGCAGCAGAGCGGUCAUCUGAUUCUUGAUGACAGGGGUCUUCGAUGCUCCUGGGCUGGUUUGGCCUUACUGGACACCAUACUUCCAGUUUUACUGGUGGAGCUGGAAAGGCAGUUUUUUUUAAACACCCUGUCUGUUUCCUGACAACCACAGAUCGACUUUUUAUGACUGUUGUGUUAAUACAAUUUUAUAGAAAUCAUUUUUUUCCUGACUUGUCUUGAG